AUGGGCACGCCCAUGGCCCUUAAUCUACGCCGGCAAUUCCCAGUCACUGUGUGGAAUCGAAACGCCGCUAAAUGCACGCCCCUCGUCGACGUCGGUGCUGAAACCGCAAAGACUCCUUCCGCGGUGAUUGAGAAAUCCGAUGUCAUCUUCACAAUGCUCUUCGACGGCCGAGCAAUCCAAUCCAUGAUCGAUAGCGAACCCAAUGACAAGUUCAUGAAAGCCAUCCAUGGCAAGACACUCAUCAACACAAGCUCAGUGUCUGUCGACUUCAGCCAUAAGCUUGCGCAGCAGGUCCAUGAUGCGGGGGGAAAGUUUGUCGAGAUGCCCGUGAGUGGUAGUAAGGGUCCAGCUGAGCAGGGACAGCUUGUAGGCAUGAUGGCUGGUGACCCAGAGGUUGCUGAGCAAAUCAGACCUGUUGUAAAGCCCAUCACUACUGCUGCUAUCUACUGCGGUCCUAUCGGGUACGGCUUAAAAGCGAAAUACUCCAUCAACCUGUUCCUAGUCUCUGUGACAACUGGUCUUGCAGAAUCAGUAAAUCUUGCGCGAGCUCAAGGUUUAGACUUGGUGGCCUUUGGACAGGUCCUCAACAGCAGUCCUUUGGCAUCUGCGUACUCAAAGGUCAAGAUCGCCAAGAUACUCAAUGGAGAUUGGACACCCCAGGCUGCCGUCAAGGACUGUUAUAACAGCACUGAGUUGAUCAAGUCGGCGGCUCAAGACGUGCAAGUUCAGACCCCGUUGAUCCAAGUUUGCAAUUCUCUCUAUAGAGAAGCUCGCGAAAGUGGUUUGGGGGAGGAGGAUAUGAUGGCCAUUUAUAAACUAUUUUCGGAAACUCAGGAGAAAUAUUCUCAAUAA